AUGCCUCUUAACAACCGUCAUAGCCAGCCCUCGGGUCUACCGGCCUCUGCUCCGGUCCACGAGUUCAUCUGCUUAUUCACCCAUGAUCUGAAGCGCAAGCAAAAGCGUUGGCAAGAUGGUCGCCUCAAGUUCCACACCUUUAACAAGCGCAUCAUGGUGUAUGAUGAGAGGGGGAACUUCAUCGGCGACAUGCACUGGAACGAGGACUUCGCAUUCGGCGAGGGCGAGGAGUUCAACCUGGAACGCGGCGCCGUCAUUGUACAGGUCGCUGAAUGCAUUGGCACCAAAGACCAGGAUCUUACCGACCUCCUCGACAAGAGAGCCCGGGACGUGGAGCAGCGUCAUUCUCACUUCUCUGCUGCCAGCUCACCCCUCUCUGCAGCUCGUCCUUCGCUGCUUCCCCAACUACAACAACAACAACAACAACAGCAGCAGCAGCAGCAGCAGCAGCAGCAGUGGCGGCGGCGGCAACAACAACACCAAGCACAGCAACAACCGCAUCCCCACUUCAAGCAACGGCACUUGGCCGAUGUUUUCAACACUCCGCGUGGACCGCAAGGAAGAGCGGUGAUACCUACCACAUCUCCCUACGAGGAUCGCAUGGCGGCCCAGGCUCCAAGCUCCCAGGACGAGGACGCGAGGCCAGCAAAGAGGAGGAAGAGGGACGUGUCGCCUCCGAGCAAGUCUGGCUAUGCUCAGAAUCUUUUCGGCACCACCUUGACUCUAUCAUCGUGGUCGGCUAGUGCAUCCAUCCGCAGCCAGCCACUGAUAACACCCAUCAACGAAGGAAGUCGUUCUGCUCGCCCCAUCCGAGCAGCAAACAUUGCCCAUGAACCGUUGCCUGCUGCGGUGGAUCUCACGAUUGAUGUACAUACGCCUUCGAAGACCUCCAGCACCAGGGCAUUCCAAAAACAUCAGGCUGCUUCUGGUCAGCCCAGCGGAAUUCCCAAGACCAAAGCUAUCGCAGUCGUGAAACCCUGCGAAGUGUCGCAAGCAGACCCAGUACUGCGGGUUGAUCAAUUGCCCCGCAGCUCCGACGAGUUUCCAAGAUCAACAGAGCAUCCGCGGGAGAAGGGCACCCAAUCUCAAAAACCAGAUCGUUUCACUAUAGACGAGGUUUCUUUCUUAGCGUCGACAAUGACAGGCGAUAUGGCGCCGUCCCUGCGCGAAACCCAGAAGCCCAAGAACAAAAAGGCCCAUCACAGCGGCCUCUGCUCUGGCAAGAGCAGCACGAAUUCAAAACCAUCACGACGAUCCACCGAGGAUGCAGUCAGAGAAGGCGAGUGGACGAAGUGCGAUGUUGUUUCCACAAUUGCUGUCCAACCUGAUACCCCAGACGAGCCCAAGGCAAAGCUACGAAUCAAGUCCAGGCAGAAGCGUGGCUUGUUGAUGGUAUCAAACGUGUCAAACAGAGCUACAUCAAGAAGCCCCGCCGACUAUAACAGAAUGUCGGAACUUGAUGCGACAACGGACAGAAUGACGGUGGCGUGUGAAGAUACUUCAUUGGUCGUUCCCAGAGUCAGUUGCAGUCCUAAUAUCGAACAAGGUGAUGGUCUUCCGGUCACUGCAAAAGAUCAGACGAUACGGCGCAAUGAUAGAACGUCGAUCGACUUAAUUAGGAGUGGCGAUGGGAAUGAUGGGCUGCAGCAACGGUGUGAGGGCCAGAAUGACAACCAGUGGCUGCAGGCAUCUCGCGACAUGGAUACGACGACCUUGCCCGACGCAGGCAUGGUCUGUCGACACUCUCGGGGGCAAGGGGGCCAGUCUAUGCGUGAUGCGCAUCAGGAUACAGAAGCCUGGAGUGUUCAUGUUGGGCCUCGACUGGCAUCUCUUGGCCGGAGGAGCGUUAAGAGCAAGGAGAUAAUUGGUUCAUUUGACCAGAGACAAUCGCUGUCGCGUGACGGAUCUUCUGAGCCAGAGUCGAGCUUCUUCCAAGAGGUCAACAAACGAAAAAAUGAAAGGGCACCCAGAUUCUCAAACAACGAAGGAGUCAACGUCUUACAAAGAGAAGUGCCGAAAUCAACGAAAGGAGCUCGACUCGUCAACCCGGCUACCAGAGGGCGUAAGGCGGCUACAAAAUCUGACGCCGCCGGUGCCGUCCCACAAUCUUUUAUUUCAGCAAACUCGAGCUUGGCAUUCCCCAGUGUCACUGCGUCAAAGCCCGACUCUGACAAGAAUACCGGUACCGAAGAGGCGGACACGUCUACCGUACAUUUACCAGGAUUCUCCAAAGCGAAUGGCGGACCGUGGAGCAGAGAGGCAUACGAUCUGUUGGGGUGUGCAAGGCCUGGCUAA